UUAGUUUACACUGAAUUUGUAACUGCGUAUCGCUGUGGGGCAUCGCUAAUGGAUGCGGCUGGAGCCGAAAGUGGGCAGGACCUGUGAUCUCAGUAGGCGUGGUCAAGCCAUCCCCCGCACGUAAGAAGUCUCAAACGUAUAGCCUUUCAUCCAUUCAUACACACGAGCGCGUACAUAUUUGUAAACGCCCAUCCAAGUAAAAUCGCAUGUGACUAUCCCAUUCAUAGAGAUACGUGUUCACUCAGUUAAGAGGACAUACGGAGAGGGUGGGCAGCCCCUUUCCGCGCCUGCGAGGGCCGCCAGAAUCUUGACUUACAGGACCUAUCCCUGUCUUGAGAAUCCGGCCUCAGGUUUCCUAAGGAUCAGCCAAGCUUCCCUGCGACCGUUCAGCGUGAGAAACCGCCGCGAAUCCUUCGCAGCCCUCAGCCAGGCCCGGACGUGUUGCCAGCCGGUUUCCAGGAAUCACAUGAGCAGCUCUGGUCGCCCUAAUUGGUUCCUCCGCGGGCCGACGCCUCCGGCAGAUCGCAGCCUCGUCCCUGCUGAGGAGUUCGGCCGCCGAGCGAGGAAAGCGGGGUGGCCCUGCCAUGGCUGCCACCGAGACCCCCGGGAGUCCGCUGCGCAUUCUCUGCCUCUUUGACGUGGAUGGGACCCUCACCCAGCCUCGGCAGAAAAUUGAGCCUGAAGUAGCAGAAUUUCUUCAAGAGCUACGUAAACGAGUGAUGAUUGGGGUGGUUGGAGGCUCAGACUACUCCAAAAUAGCAGAACAGCUUGGAGAAGGAGAUGAAGUCAUCAACAAGUUUGAUUACGUCUUUGCAGAAAAUGGCACUGUGCAAUACAAGAAUGGGCAACUAGUCUCCAAGCAGGCUAUCCAGAACCAUCUUGGAGAGGAACUUUUGCAAGAGCUGAUCAACUUCUGCCUUAAUUACAUGGCACUUCUAAAGUUGCCUAAAAAACGGGGAACAUUCAUAGAAUUUCGCAAUGGAAUGUUGAACAUCUCUCCCAUUGGUCGAAGCUGCAGCUUGGAGGAACGAAUAGAAUUUUCUGAGCUGGACAAGAAAGAAAAGAUACGAGAGAAAUUUGUAGCAGCUCUGCAGAGGGAGUUUGCAGGCAAGGGGCUGCGAUUUUCCCGAGGUGGCAUGAUUAGUUUUGAUGUCUUUCCGGAGGGCUGGGACAAACGCUAUUGCCUCAACAUCCUUGAGGAUGAGAGAUUUGAUGUCAUACAUUUCUUUGGAAAUGAGACAACCCCUGGUGGGAAUGAUUAUGAAAUCUACGAUGAUCCUCGGACAGUAGGACAUAGUAUCCACUCUCCCCAGGACACGGUUCGGCGAUGUCAAGAGAUCUUCUUUCCAGAGACAGUGAACGAAUCAUGACUCAUGGAUCUGCUGCUGCUACUUUUAUUAUUCCCCAGGACACGGUUCGGCGAUGUCAAGAGAUCUUCUUUCCAGAGACAAUGAACGAAUCAUGACUCAUGGAUCUGCUGCUGCUACUUUUAUUAUUCCCAUCAUAAAAGCACUUUUUGAAUUAUGUCAAGACUUGCUGAAGCCCAAGGUGGAAAUGGAGGUGAAGUAUGAAAAUGGAAAGAGGGCUAAAGGGCCUCACCGUUUCAUGGUAGUAAGAUCCUGCAGAACCCUGACUGCCAUACCCCAUCCUCUGAGAGAGAAGGAGAGAGCCAGAAGUCUGGUAAUCUCUUCAUGCAUUCACCCAGAUUAAUUUCUGAGAUUAAAAUAAUAUUUAUUGGUAGGUUAAAGAGAAAAGGACCUAACCUUUCAAAGUAUUUUCAUAUUCUUGAACCCUCAAGAUGGCCUGCCAAUUUUUUUUUUAAUUGGAAUCGGGUCCUUUUUCAAGCUAACAAUGAAUGAAUAGGGAAAACACCCCCAAUCCAUUAUUAGUCAUGAGAGCGCAUGACGGGAGGGAAAAAGUAACUUUGCAAUACAGAUUCCAUUGAAAGUGAUGAACCAUAGACACACCAACAUUUUACUCAGCUUUCGGUAUCCGUUAGAAUAUUCUGUGGCUUCUGAUCUAACAUGUGAAAUCAUCUAUUUUUCUUAAAGUACGAGCUUGAUGUGCAGGUUUAUUUUAUCGUAGAUAAUAUAUUUUUGGACCAAUAAAAAUCAGCUUUUGCAGAGUUUGUGUGUUGAGGUCAACAUAUCUUAGCAGCCUUGCAUAUUGCAACUGCACCUUCUCACACCUAGGCCUGGGGAGCAGCCCUUGCAUGAGCUUCAGUUGUUAGAAUAUUGUCUACUUGCACUUUCUUCCCAUUGCCCAAUCAGUCUGAAUCUUCUUGUCCCUUCUUCAUUUUCUGUGCAGUUUCAAAUUUAGAUUCCCACUGAUAAAAUGUAAUAACUAUUAUUGUUGGGACCAACAUCCCAUUCAGAUUAUAUCUGAAUGGGGCAGGGGGGGAGAGACCAACUGAAGGAUAGCUGGUUUGUCCUCCCCAAUUAAUAAGCAUGUUUCAACUCUUAGGAUUCUUGAAAUAAGUAAACGAAAACCGCUCAGAUGAUAGAUGAAAUUAUAUUGUACCAUGAGAAUAAACUAUAACUCCAAAUUCCACAGUUAGAUAAUAAUAUCUAGAACUCCAAACUAGUUCAGGGAUGGGCAACCUACAACUCUAAUGUUGCAUAGAGCCCUUAGACUAAUUUCAUACAGUCUGUAAUUUCAACAUAUCUACGCACCCACCAUACAUACAAGUAAGUUCUAAUUAGGUUAUCAGUUUCUUCUCUGCAAGUGAGAAAAAGAACAUCAAAAAAAUACUUUGUGUUCCCAUCACUCUUUGGCUCUGACCCGAUCUAAUAUUUGCUUCAACCCCACCCAUCAGGCAAUCCCCAACAGAUUACUAUUUAUCUAUUGCCUACUUCUUAUUUAGGUCUUAAAAGAAGCAGAGAAGUAGUUCUUUGGGAUGGCAGAGGAAAAUGUUAAAAAACCAGGCUAUAGCCAUAUCUGUAUUUUAGAGCCAGUAAUACAUCCUGUCUGCAACAGACUACAAUUACCAGACGGGACAACAGCAGAUGCUAAAACCCAUCUCUGAAAACAUACAGAUCAAACGUUACUCAGAUCCACGUUUCUCUUAUGCAAAACAAGAAGUCUGAAUAGACAAAGUUAAGAAUUUAGUAAAUGUUUUUAUUAGGGAAAGAGAUUAAUUUAUAGUGCUGCAUUAGGUAAUAAAAACAUUUGAAGGCAAAUUAUGAUUUAUCAAGUGAGUGGCAGAUUGGAAUCCUCAAAAUACAAAGUGCCUGACCUCCUUCCCUUGUAGAGUCUGUCCUACACCGGUGCUAGGUUUAUGAUCAAUUGUGGUUCAGUGAAUCAUCCCUAACCAAGGUGACUGGGGAUUAUUCAAAUUGUGAUUUAAUGCAUAAGGAGACCAGUCAGGAGAAGAUGGAAGUAGAGGAUAACCCACUUUACAGAAGUGUCCGUAUGUAUAUUUUCUUGCACUUACUCUUUCUACAGAUCUAAAUAUACACACAUGUUCAGUCUCACAUAACAGAAAAAACUGUUUUGCCUCCUUGUAAUCAUUGAUGCACCAUCACUCUGUUCUUCUUAUAGGAAGUACUGCAUUACAGAUUGAAGGGGAAACAUAUUUCAUCUAAUGUUAUGUGUAAUCACUACUAUGAUUUUACUGAAGCUCCAGGAAGGAAAUGCCAUUUGUAGCAACCAGAAAGUACAGCCCCUUACAUGUGCAUGAGGGCUGCCCUUCACCUCAUAGAAGUAAAAUAACCUUCAUGAUGUAGUAUGUUCAGUGGACUAUUACAUAAUGGAAUGGAUGCUUUCAGCUUUAAUAUAACCAUGGCAUUAAUCCAAAGACUUGAAAGCAUUUCAUCCCUUGCUUCCUUCUGAAUUUGUGCUGUGAUGCAAAUGAAUGAAUUGAAGAAAUAAAAGGGUGAGAAGAGGCUGAUAUUAAUAAUGUAAUGAGUUUGACCCAUUCUUAUCUGUUGCUGAGGCUUCUGCUUUAAAAUAAAUAUUGCCAGCUCUUCUUAUGUUAGUUUCCAUUUCUUUUCCAGCAGGGGUGUUAUGAACUACUUAAUACAGGAAUGUAAUGAUUACUGUGAGAGCCACAAAAUGGCCUGUUUCUCAGAUGGAUCAAAAAACAGACCCCCACCUUAUUAAGCAGGAAUGUUUAUUUUGAUGCCACUUACAUUGGAGAAGCCAAUUACUUUGCUGUAGCUACAGAUUUGUGGGACUUCGUUCCAAGGCAGCUUUUAUAUCACUAGAAAGGUAUGACAUUAAUAAAAUGGAGUUAAAGAUGAGAACCUACUAUUGUCAAGUAUCUGUUUUGUAGUUCACAUUUGUAACUUGAUAUGAAAUUAAACAAAAGUAAAGGCACAGUAGGAAAUUAAUAAGCAAUAUGACUUCAUGCUGAAGUUCAUUAAAAUUUAAGCUAAAAAUUCUGUCUUUGGAACUGAAUGGCAUGCAAUGUGU